AUGGAGGAGGAGGAGCAGCAGCAGCAGCAGGAGCAGCAGGGCUGCCUGGCAGCUCAACAAGUGAGCAGCGAAAAGCAGCCGCAGCAGCCGCCGCCGCAGCAGCAGGAGCAGCAGCAGCAGCAGCUGCAGCAGCAGCAACAGCAGCCGCAGCAGGAGCCGCAGCUGCAGCAGCAGCAGCAGCAGCAUCAGGAGCCGCAGCAACAGCAGCUGCCACAGCAGCAGGCAGAACAACAGCCGCAGCAGCAGCCCCAGCAGCGGCUGCAGCAGCCGCCGCUGCCGCAACAGCAGCACCAGCAGCAGCAGCAGCAGCCACAGCAGCAGCCGCAGCAGCAGCCGGAGCUGCAGCAGCAGCAGCUGCCGCAGCAGCAGCAACAGCACCGAUGUCCGGCUAUGCUCGAUACUCCUUCUUCAUGGCUGCCCCAUCGAACGAAGUCGUUUUGCGUCUCUGA